AUGGCUUGGACCAGCAAUAUCUCCUGGUUUAAUCACUUUGGUCUACAUGAAGAACGUCUCAGAAGGUACUUAAACAGCACUGAGGACUACUUGGCCUUCCUGUGUGGGCCUAGACGCAGCCAUCUCUUCUUGCCUAUGGCUUUGGUGUACACCCUGAUCUUUGUUGUUGGGGUGGUGGGUAACUUCUUAGUUUGCCUGGUAAUCCUCAAGCAGCGGAACAUGAAGACCCCGACCAAUUACUAUCUCUUCAGCCUGGCUGUCUCAGACCUGCUCGUGCUGCUUUUCGGGAUGCCACUGGAAGUCUAUGAGAUGUGGAGCAACUACCCCUUCUUGUUUGGGCCCGUUGGCUGCUACUUCAAGACAGCACUCUUUGAGACCGUGUGUUUUGCCUCCAUCCUCAGUGUCACCACAGUCAGCUUGGAGAGGUACAUUGCCAUCCUCCACCCGUUCCGUGCCAAGCUGGAGAGCACCCGCAAGCGCGCCCUGAGGACCAUCGUGGUGCUCUGGGUCCUCUCGGUCCUCUUCGCCCUCCCCAACACAGGCACCCAUGGCAUCAUGCUGCAGUACUUCCCCAAUGGCACCCUGGUCCCUGGCUCUGCCACCUGCACUGUAGUCAUGCCCAUGUGGAUCUACAACUGCAUUGUCCAGAUCACUUCCUUUCUCUUCUACGUGCUGCCUAUGGGGGUAAUAAGCAUCCUGUACUAUCUGAUGGGGCUGAGACUGAAAGGAGACAAAUCUCUGGAAGUGGAGGAAAUGGGUGUGAGUGUUCAGAGGCCAUCCAGGAAAUCAGUCACCAAGAUGCUGUUUGUCCUGGUGAUGGUCUUUGCUGUUUGCUGGGCUCCAUUCCACAUAGAUCGACUUUUCUUCAGCUUUGUUGUGGAAUGGACUGAACCUCUGGCUAACAUAUUCAACUUAAUUCAUGUGGUGUCAGGUGUUUUCUUCUAUCUGAGCUCUGCUGUGAACCCCAUCAUCAGGAUUCCUGCCCAGCAGAGCAUCUUUGUGGUUGAGGACCACAAUUUCAUAGACUCUGCUGAAGACACAAGUCUCCCUGGCACCCACAGGACAUCUGUCAGCAGUUCUCAACUCUCCACCGGUCUGUGA